AUGUCCGCAAAAAAGUGUAAAAUUGAUGAUGAAAAUAGUACUUUUAACACCUCAUGGGAGAAUGAUGACUAUUUAUUUAUUAUUAACAAACAAAAAAAACCUCAAUGUCUAGUUUGUUUAAGCGUUAUUGCGGUCUUAAAAGAAUAUAAUUUAAAAAGACAUUACAUGACAAAUCAUUUGUCCAAAUAUGAAAAAUAUUUUGGUGAUGCAAGAGAGAGUGUUGUAAUUGUUCUCAAAAGAAAACUUCAAUCACAACAAAAUGUGAUGACAAAAGCAACAACUUCACAACAAUCAAGUUUAUUGGCUUCAUAUAUAAUUUCUAACGAAAUAGCAAAAUCUAAAAAAUCGUUGAGUGAUGGCGAAUUUGUUAAAAACUGUGCAGUAAAAAUGGCUAAAUCAAUUAACGAAAACAAAAUGGCCAGUGAAUUUGAAAAAAUAUCAUUUUCAAGACGCACAGUGACACGUCGUAUAGCUGAUACUGAUAGUGCCAUUCGUAAGACAUUGCAAACUAUUAUGACGGAUUAUGCAUAUUUUUUGAUUGAAUUGGACGAAAGCACAGAUGUUUCAGAUGUAAGUCAACUUUUGAUAUUUGUUAGAGUUAUAUCCCCACAGUUUGAAGUGUAUGUAGAGUUAUUAGAAUUAUGUUCCUUGCGUGGAACUACCAAAGGAAGUGAUAUAUUUAGUGCACUAAAAAACGCAGUUGAACCAUUUGGUGGAUUCAAAAAAAUGUCAUCGAUUGUGACAGAUGGUGCUAAAGCCAGGGUUGGCAAAAAUAUUGGUUUUGUUGGAUUAUUACGCAAAUCUAACGUUAAUGUUCCUGCUAUACAUUGUAUUAUUCAUCAGGAAGCGUUGUGUGGAAAAAUAAUGAAGCUUGACGGAGUUAUGAAUACUGUAUUUAAAAUUACUAAUCUCAUUAGAGGAGGCAACCGUAGUUUAAACCACCGUGAUUUUAUUACAUAUUUGGAGGAACUUGAUCGCGAGUAUGGUGAUUUACUAUUACACACGGAUGUACGCUGGUUAAGUCGUGGUAAGCGUCUCGAACGUUUUUUUGUUUUGAGAUUGUAUAGAUUCUAUACAAUCAAUUAA